AUAGAACCUCGUCCUCUUAUCCUCUUCUUCUCCGAAGCUAGGGUUUGCGGAGAAUUCGGCACCGCCCGGCACGAGCGCUACAGAUCUCGAGCGACCCAACACUUCGUGAAGUGGGCAGUUCAGGAAUCUCGCAGCAUGGCGACCCAGAUCAGCAAAAAGAGGAAGUUCGUAGCUGACGGAGUGUUCUUCGCCGAGCUCAAUGAGGUCUUGACCAGGGAGCUCGCCGAGGAUGGGUACUCCGGUGUGGAGGUCAGGGUCACGCCUAUGCGGACCGAGAUCAUCAUCAGAGCCACCCGCACGCAGAACGUUCUCGGAGAGAAGGGGAGGAGGAUUAGAGAGCUGACUUCGGUGGUGCAGAAGCGGUUCAAGUUUCCGGAGAAUGGCGUGGAGUUGUAUGCCGAAAAGGUGAAUAAUAGAGGGCUGUGCGCUAUUGCCCAGGCUGAGUCGCUCCGGUACAAGCUCCUCGGUGGGCUCGCCGUGCGCAGGGCUUGUUAUGGUGUUCUGCGGUUCGUUAUGGAAAGUGGAGCAAAGGGUUGUGAGGUAAUUGUCAGUGGGAAGCUGAGGGCUCAGCGUGCCAAGUCAAUGAAGUUCAAGGAUGGCUACAUGAUUUCUUCUGGUCAGCCAGUCAACGAGUACAUUGAUUCCGCUGUUAGACACGUUCUCUUGAGACAGGGGGUUCUCGGUAUUAAGGUCAAGAUUAUGCUUGACUGGGACCCCAAGGGCAAACAAGGUCCCAUGACGCCGCUGCCCGAUCUCGUGACCAUUCAUCCCCCCAAGGAAGAAGAGCCGUACACGAGGCCCGUAACGGAGACCCCAGACAUCAUCGACGUUGCUGUACCGGUGGCCUAAACUUAUGAUGUGUAGUAAAUUUUUGUCACGGUUGAUGUUGGCCCCUCGACUGAUUUUUAGGGCCUUUGGUUGCUGAUGUUGCUGGACAGAGAGAUUUGCCAGAUGCUUUCGUGUUGUUUAUCCACCCAUAAGUUGUGAUACGCAGAUGCUUGCGCCCAUCAAUGUAUUCUUUAUCUGUCUACAUUCGGGUUCCCA